GGACACCGCUGCCCUAGAUAAUUUAUUUUUCAUUCAUCUUUCACUCCAAACGUUAUUUUGAUUCUAAUAUUUAAAAACGCUUAUGUUGGGAUAUAAUUAUUGUAUAUUGAUCAUUGAUAUCUUUUGUAGUUGUUUCUCUUAGUGAGUUCUUAUAUACCCAUUAAAGUUUUCGGUGAAAAUGUGUGUGUAUGUUUAUGUCUGUAUGCGUGUUCCCUAGAAACUUUAAAAUUUUAUAGCGGUUCGAGGCUAUAAUGAGGUCUUUCCUCAUACUUUUAUGAAAUUUUAUGCUUAUUUCUCAGAAUAUCCAGAAAUAAUUUUAAUAGUCUUAUCGAUUGAAUAUAUAUAUAUACACAUUCAUUAUGACAAAUUAAAGCUUAGUAAUUAAAGUCGUUAGACUGUGUUGUUAGUAAUAAAUAAUGAAAUUACGUUUAGGCGACUGAAAGUGUGGUUGAAAUAACACGAUGUUAAACGGCAAAAACUAAAAUAUAAUUUGCCUAACCCUAAAAGACGGUUUAAUUAAAGAAGUUUGCGGAAGCUUUUCUUAUUAUAAAUGAUGUAACGGAAAAUUUAACAUAAACAUUAAGCAACUGAAGUUCCUUGACAUUGGGAAAAUUGACAAUGACUGAAAAAAAUGGCUGCAUAAUCCCUGUGGGUUUAUCAUAAGAAGAAGAAAUAAGGUCUAGGGAGGCUCAGGAAAACUAGUAUAAGCCUAUUAUCUAUGAAUGUUAGUUGUUAGAAAGAUGUUGGAGUCUGUUUUCAGAAAUUAUUUAUGAAGUUUCCAUCUGAUGAAUGGUCCUUGGUAUGGUUGAGGAAAACGUUUUCUUAUCUUACCGAGUUGGAGUUUUUUUUUGGACAGAGUCUUCACCUAUAUCAUGACAGCAUCCCAGUUGAUGCUGUUAAUCCUGACUUUGAGGAAACUUUCUUAAGGUGCCUCAUAAGAGAUUGAUCAAAUCCUUUUUCUACAAAAAUGAUGAAGUUACAGAGACUUAAGUUACGAACUGUUCGACAUUUUUGCGAUAGUGUGCAAGCGAAAGGUUCCUUGAGGAAAUGUAGGACCGUAAAGAUUGACAGAAAAUCAAUAGUUUCUCCGUCACUUUCCAAGGCAAAGUGUGAGGUUGCAAACAGCAUUGUGGCGUUAAAUGUCAGUUUGCCCUAUAUAACAUGGUCCCACCUGGAUCGUAAUAUGGAGCUUUAUUCGUGGGAGAGAAAACCUCUGUAUACUGUGUCCCCUAAAAAUAAUCUUCAAUCUUGCUACAGUGUGGCAAAAUAUGCUCUGGAAAUAUUGCCUGAUGCUGAUCUGUAUGUGGCUGAGCAGAAGGUUUCUCGACCAAAACAUCUAUCUCAUGUUCCACUUCUACUAAUUCAAGCUUCUAUAGAAUCAAUGCUAUUUUGUAUGUUAAACAGAGAACAAGAACCCAAUUUCUACAGCAUGAAAGACAUGACAGUUGCAAGUUUAUUCAACCUUCAAGUAGGAAAUGAACGUGCAAGUGGUCAACAUGUAGUGGAAAAAAUCCUGAAGAACUCUAGUGACUACCCUACGGUAUGUGUAGCAGAUACUCUACAAGAAACAUACAGAAAAGAAAGUCGAGUAAACAAAGAAUAUAUGUGCAAUGUUCUCCUUCUUAGUGUAGCAUUUUAUGAUUGUAUUUUUAGUGUAAAUAGUUAACAUUUUUCUACAGUAACGUGUUUAAAUUUCAUAGUAGCACUGCCAUUGUUGCAAGGAAAUGCAGAUUUAAUUCUUAGCAAUAAAUAUAUUUAUUGUUAAUCUGUAAUUUGUUAAAAAUGUAAUAAUUAUU